AUGGUGUUGGGUGCUGUUCUGUCGAUGCUUCGCUAUGUUGCGGGCAGCGAAGACAGAGAUUUCGUGGAUCGGCUUCACUCCUACUUCACUUGCAACAUUUUGAUCGGUCUAGCUGUUCUCGUUAGCUUUAAGCAAUUCGGAGGGAAGCCGAUAGAAUGUCUUGUUCCUGACAUGUUCAGCAGUUCGUGGGAACAAUAUGCUGAGAACUACUGCUGGGCUCAAGACACGUAUUUCGUUCCGAUGAGUGAAGUAGUGGCAGGAAUGCCCGAGUCUGUUCGUAGGCAACGCCGGAUAAGUUACUAUCAGUGGGUGCCGUUUUUUCUUCUGGUUGAAGCCGCUUGUUUUCGACUUCCAAGUCUAUUAUGGCAGUAUCUAGCCGGUCAUUCAGGCAUUAAGAUCCAUGAGGUAGUUAAAUUGUCAUCGGAUCCAAACAAUAUCAAACCUGAAAUUAAAAAAGCGAACAUCAGGUCACUUACAAUACAUUUGCAGGGUGCACUUCGUUUUCAUCGACGUCUACGGAAGAAGCAGAUUCGUCCUCAUAGUGUUCUAAGGCUUUUCAAUUUGCCAUAUUCUGCUUUCUUUGUAACAACGAUGUAUUUGUGCACAAAGUUCUUCUAUCUAACGAACGUGUGUUUACAGCUGUUACUCAUGAACAAGUUUCUGGAAACGACUAAGUACUCAUGGUAUGGUUUUGGAGUGAUUUUGGAUUUGCUGAAUGGCACGACGUGGCAGCAGUCUGGUGUUUUUCCGCGAGUUUCGCUUUGUGAUUUCGAUGUUCGAGUAAUGGGGAACGUGCAGGAACAUACGGUACAAUGUGUGCUCGUCAUCAACAUAUUCAACGAGAAGAUCUUUAUCUUCUUAUGGUUUUGGUAUUUAAUGCUUGUAUUUUUCACACUGUCUUCUUUCUUGUACUGGCUUUUCGUUGCCCUUGUACCCCAUCUGAAUCGCCGAUUUAUCAACCGGCAUCUGGAAAUAAGCGAAUUACCAUUUGAUCCAUCGGGUAAUGCACAGGAUAUCCGGCGUUUCAUUGAUUGUUAUCUUAAAAGUGACGGGAUCUUCGUAAUUCGAAUGGUCACACUCCAGUCGGGGGUUAUAUUUGGCACUGAUCUGGUUUUGGCACUAUGGAAAUCAUUUUUCGGUCUAGAAAACCAGUUGCAGAGAAGUAAUUCAAUGCCCGAUGUUAAUAACUCCCCAGAAGGUCCUAAUUAUUUUUGGCCUCCUCCACCAGAAAUAAAUUUAGAUGUAUGUGAUAAGCGUGAGCUCCAAGUACGCAGAGCACUUGGCCAGAAUAUCGACAAUUCGGAAAUCACCCAGGUUUUCUUGCAGAAGAUUGUUCCCACCUAUAACUCCGUGCUGCUACGAAUGGGACUUGUCUCGUACUCGCAGUCCCACUCGUAA